CAGUGGCAGCUGCAUGCGCUGUCUCUGCAAAGACCGUAUUUUUCACUCCAUAAGACGCACCUAGUUUUUAGGAGGAAAACAAGAAAAAAAUACUCUGGACGAAACAGUGGAUGUAUGAUUUUUGUGGUUCAUGCUGUGGCCACAGACAUGUGAUUUGAUGAGCAGCUGUGGCCCCUUGGAUGAUGUUCCGUAAAGAUCGUUGCGGUCUUUGCUCAUCAUAAAAGCCAAAUCCUGUGCCUCGGAAUCGCUGGAGAUUGGCGUUUGUUUGCUAGGCUUCAGGGACUGUACAUGAACUCAGAAUGACGACUGUAAUCCGGACUUUAAGGGCUUUGCGGUUAGAGGCCUUCUCCGGACUCCUUCCCAGGACUUGUGGCUUCCACACAUCCACCCGGCAGUCCAACUCCAACCGGACAUCCAUCGCUUGUGUGGCCCGGCAGAAGUAUGCCCGGCUCUAUCCAGUGUUGCUGGUCAGGCCUGACGGUUCUACAUUCUAUAUCCGUUACAAGGAGCCAAGGCAGAUCCUUUCGAUACCUGUGGACAUCAACACGCUGCCUGACGCCGAAAGGAGAGCCCGCUUGCGGAAACGGGAUACCUCCAAGCUUAAACCAAAAGAGGAGACACGUUUCGAAGACGACUUUAAAUUGGACGAUUACAGAAAGUUUUGGAAAAAGAAAUGAGAUCCGCCACCCAGGGUGGAAAAUCAGUCACAAUCAGAGACUUAAUUUUACAUUUUAAGUUGUAAAAAUGUCCACAAAUAAAGAGAUGUCUUCUGUU